UCAGUAGCGCUGCACCGAAACGCGUCGCGCGGAAAAACCGUUAAAAAAACUAGUGCUAAAAAUAGUUGCUUUUUUCCCAACCGUUUUUUCGAAACUGCUAUGUCUAGUUCGAUUACCGUUUUUCAAUUUAGAGACCGAUAUUCGAUAAUGAUUGAGAUAAUGCCGAUGGAAUGUCAUAGUGUAGGCGUUACUUGCAUCUCUUUCGCACGGUAGAUUUUUUUUCGGAGUUUUUUUUUUCGCUGAAGCCGAAAGUGCAGUGUUUUGUGCUAAGUGGUUGGUGAUUUGGUUUUAAUGAGUGUUUAAGAUAAAAGCACCAUGAAAGCGCCAGACAAACUACAAAACUGAAUAAUUAGUCAAAUCUUUAAAACGAUUUCAAGUGCAAUACCUAAAUAUUACUUUUAAGCAUAAUUUAUUGAGAUUAAAAAUAAAAUAUCGUUACAAACGUUGUUAACUAGUGAAACUGGUGCUAAUUAGUAAAAAAUAAAAACAAAUCAAGUGCAAACGAAAAAACAAUGGAAACCCGCAAACACGCCAAGAUGUUAAACAUUCCAAAUUUCAAAAACGAGUGAACAACCAAAUUUAAAAACUUUGAGUUCCAAAUUCAAAACGUCAGUCCUCGGAACAUGCGUUCGAAAGUGACUGCAAACCCCCAAAAUGCGUGACAUUCCAAACCAGUGAACCUUUAACUUAAAAACAUUCCGUUCCAAAUUCCAAAUUCAAACUCUCAGUCCUCGGAACAUGCGCUCGCAUGAGUGACGUCUACGAGCACGGGUGUGAGAUGUAUACCGCGUGGUACUCCCGCGGGGAGGGCGGCAUGCACCACCAUCAGAUGGGCCAGUUGUACCACCAUGGGCCGCCGAUGAUCAAGACUGAGGCCGGGGUGAAUAGCGACUGUAUGAUGGCUGUAGACUACGCGCCGCCUAUUAAGAAGGCGGGUGCGUCAUCAGCGUUCGUGUGGAGCGGCGGGGGGGUGAGCGGCGGGGGCGGGCAGGAGCAGGGCGCCGCGCAGCCCGCCGCCGCCGUGCCGCCUGGGUCAACCGGGGGUGGAGGUGCCCAGGGCCUGGUGCACUGGAUGUCCGUGAUGGCGGAACACAUGGGAGGGGGCCACCACGACCCCUCGCACUACGCUCUGCCACCGUGGAACAAUGGCGCUGUCGACCAUUGCCAACAGAAAGAGGGUCUGGAGUACGCCGCGUGGUCGCGCCCGCGGGGGACCAUGGCCAUCAAGCAGGGCUACGAGGCCAAGAUGAGCACCGGCGACGGCGGCCUCGGCGGCCACCAGAAGGCAGACGAGCGGCUCGGCCACCACCAGUCCAUGAGUCAGAUGCUGUAUGGAGCGGGGCUGGGCCCGGGACGAUCAGGAUCCUCCUCCUCAUCACCGGUGGGCAGCAACAACCUGCUGGUGGUGCCGCAGCCGCUGGGCAAGGCGCCGGGCAAGCUGCAGCAGCUGCACCACGCCCGGAAGUACCACUGCAAAAUGUGUCCUCAGGUGUUCGGCUCGAAGGCGGACCUGCAGCUGCACACGCAGAUCCACCUGCGCGAGGCCAAGCCCUACCGCUGCACGCAGUGCCCCAAGGCCUUCGCCAACUCGUCCUACCUCGCGCAGCACUCGCGCAUCCACCUCGGCAUCAAGCCGUACCGCUGCGAGAUCUGCCAGCGCAAGUUCACGCAGCUGUCGCACCUCCAGCAGCACAUCCGCACGCACACCGGCGACAAGCCCUACCGCUGCACGCAGAUCGGCUGCACCAAGGCCUUCUCCCAGCUGUCCAACCUGCAGUCGCACAGCCGCUGCCACCAGACCGACAAGCCCUUCAAGUGCAACUCCUGCUACAAGUGCUUCACCCACGAGAAGGACCUCCUCGAGCACAUUCCCAAGCACAAGGAGUCCAAGCACCUGAAGACGCACAUCUGCCAGUACUGCGGCAAGAGCUACACGCAGGAGACGUACCUGAGCAAGCACAUGAACAAGCACGCGGAGCGCGCGGACAAGCGGCCGCCGAUCUCCGCGCUCGGGCUCAGCGGGCUCAACCGCUCGCUGGGGGCCGCCGCGCCCGCGCAGCCCUUCGAGCACCCCUACUGGCCCAAGGUGAGCCCCGACUCGGCGGCGCACAUGUCGGACGAGGGCUACCACCAGCCGCGCGAGGAGGAGCAGCUCGAGCUGCAGCAGCGCGCGCUGUUCCACGAGCAGGACGAGCGCGCGCUGCAGCCGCCGGUCUCCUCCGCCAGCUCGGCCUUCACGCCCAUCAACUCCAUGGCGCCGCACCUCAACGGGCUGACGCACCACGGCGCGCUGCCGGCGCGGCCCUACCUCUACGACCCGCUGCACUUCCAGCAGGGCAAGCAGCAGCCCAGCUCGUUCCCCAACCAGCUCAUCUCGCUGCACCAGAUCCGCAACUACGCGCACCAGCCGGCGGCCGCGCUGCUCCCGGCCGACCACCUGCUGCCGCACUCGCACUCACACAAGGACAAGCAGUAGCUGCGACUCGCUCGCGACUCACCUAGUACUUAUUGAUCGUCUGGUAUUACUAGUGUAUAAAUUAAUGAAUAUAUUAGAUGAAUCUCUCGAAGACAGUGGUAUUAAUUGUAUGAAAUACGAAAUUUUUGUCGUCGUUCGCGACUCAUGUUUUAGACUUUAAUGUGUAUAAAUACUCGAAAUUUUGUCAGUAGAUAGCCGAUGUAUUGGAAUUAGAUGUUUUGUUUCACAAUAUUGGUCGUGCACAAGUCAGUUUCUUUCGUUAAUUCUGUUACUGGUCUGUGAGUUGAUGUUUCAUACAAAAUGAUACAACAUCGAAUAGGCGACAUUUAACUUCUGUAAAAUAUUUGCCACUUGCCUGAUCACCAUUAUUAUGAAACUAUUUUACUCCUUUAUCAGUUUACAAUUCGAUGAUCAGGCAAUUGAUAAAUAUGCUUCACCGAAAACUUAUAAGUCUCUUCAAAAGAAGUAAUAUUUAAAUUAAUAGUAUGUGGCCUAAAUAGAUAUUUAUUGGUUCUAUGAAUUAGUUUUCCUUAAAAUUACUGUCUUCAAUGUUGUAGGCAUAACGCCCUGUGCUUUUUUUAAACAAAUAUAACUGGUUUUAGUGAAAACUAAUAUUUAGAAUGUACAACAAGCAUAAUAAAAAUAAUAACUGAAAGUUCCUGACAGAGGUAUAGAUUACAAUACCAAUACUAUGUGAAUAUCUUCCUAAGUAUUUCUUUUUCCUGUUCUUCUAUCAACUGUGUCUACUUCACUUGCAUUUUUCGUAUUGUAACAUGAGAAUAAGUGUCAGAUCUCAGAAACACUACAUUUGCACUCAGUUCCUACUUAGUUCAUAUUACUUUUAAUUUGUAGCUUUAUUUCACGAUCUAGCUUAUUAAAAUCUAUUCUCCUUUUACCCAUACAAGUUUUGUUGAUUUAGAAAAUGUAGUCUUCCUCUAGGGUUGAUUCCUUAAUUUCAAAAUAUUCUUUUUUCGGUAUUCUGAAGGUUGAAUAUGUUUUCUAAAUAAAAACGUACGUACGAGUGAUCAAACUUUAUCGAGUGGCCAAAAUCUACAUUUAACUGUUGGAAGCGGAACGUGUGGGGCGCUCUUUUGUAAAUAUUUUGUAAAUACGAGACUUUUUUGACAAAACCUUGUUAUUAAAAUAUUUUUUGUAUAAUUUAGUCUAAAGCUUAUGCUCAACGAUUUUAGCUGUUAAGAAUGUUUUGUCAUCAUCACAAUAUACAAAUCGAAAUUCUUCUACAUCUUAUUUUCCUAAAUCUGUCUCUUCUUUUUCGAUUUCUUUCGAAAUUGUAUAAUUUUUUAAUUAUUUAAGACUUCUUUGAUGUAUACGAGUAUCGUUGAUUAUAAUUUAACAAGUAAUUGAUAUCGGAUGUAUGAUAAAUCAUGUGAUAGAGCAAACGGGACGGUCGAAGAGAUGUGGAAACAAUCUUGUGCUUCGAAAAUGAUGUAAAAUGUGAAAUUUUUGAUUAGGUUUAAAAUUGUUAGGUUGUGGUCAUUUGUGAUGAUAAUCGUGGACGUUAUUUUUAAGGUUCCCAAGGGAUCGAUGUCAGCCGCUCUGUCCUGUCACAAACUUAGCCAAAUCUUUUUUAUUAUUUUAAGUUCUUGUACAAAGAUAGAGUAUUGUUUUAAGGAAUUGUACGGCAAUAGUUAAUUCUUCCGAAUUUGUUUUGUUAUUUUCGUAAUUAUUAUGUGAAAGCUCUUGCACUUUUUACUGUAUAGUAUUGUUUUAAUCAGAGCAAAGAUGUUUAAAAAUGAAAGCAAAUAUGAACGAUUUCGUGGAUUUUUUGUGACAAAAACCCAAUAUCUCUCUAUUUAAGUAGAAAUGUGAUAUUGUAAUUGAUUUUUUAGAUAAGUGUAAACUGUUUAUUAUAAUUAAAAAUACUUAUUUUUGUAAGUAACUUGUUUUACAGUUUAGUUUCGCUUGUUCGGCGUUUCUAUUAAUUUUGUCCAAAAAGGAGCGAAAUUUUUGUUACUUAAAAUCGAUUAAAAAUAAACUACAACUAUGCCAAGAAUAUAAAAUAUGGCUUUUCAUUGCUUACCAACCUUUUUAUUCCAAGUAAAAUGUAAAAU